UAGAGCGAGCGCUUGCGUAGUUUAGAGAUAGGGUAGGGGCUGAGUUCAAGAUGGCAGCGUCCUUAUUCUGCAGCCGGCUCUCUGCAGGGCUGAGAACGACCACCACAAGGACGUCUCUUAAUGCUUUUGCUAAGAUAUUGGGUGGUAAUUCUGGACUGCUUGCCAGCCAUGGACUCCAGCAACAGCAGCAAAGGAAUCUUUCACUACAUGAGUACUUGAGCAUGGAACUGCUUAAAGAUGCUGGCAUUUCUGUACCAAAUGGUCAAGUUGCAACAUCGCCAGAAGAAGCUUAUUCUGUUGCCAAAUCACUAGGUGCAACUGACCUUGUAGUGAAGGCUCAAGUACUGGCUGGUGGUAGAGGGAAAGGAACAUUUGAAGGUGGUCUGAAAGGAGGAGUCAAGAUAGUAUAUUCCCCAGAGGAGGCCAGAAGCAUUGCCUCACAAAUGAUUGGAAAGAAGUUAUUUACCAAGCAGACGGGUGAAAAAGGCAGAAUAUGCAAUCAUGUUUUUAUCUGUGAAAGGAGAUAUCCUCGGAGGGAAUACUAUUUUGCAAUAGCAAUGGAAAGGGCAUUUCAAGGGCCUGUAUUAAUAGGUAGUUCUCAAGGUGGUGUGAAUAUUGAAGAUGUUGCAACUGAAAAUCCAGACGCAAUCAUCAAAGAGCCAGUGGAUAUUAUGCAAGGCAUCACAAAGGAACAGACAGUCAGGCUUGCACAGAAAAUGGGAUUUCCGUCCAAUGUGGUAGAUGCAGCUGCAGAAGAUAUGAUCAAGCUGUAUAAUCUUUUUCUGAAGUAUGACGCCACUAUGGUGGAGAUAAAUCCUAUGGUAGAGGAUGCCUCUGGAAAAGUUUUGUGCAUGGAUGCUAAAAUAAACUUCGAUACCAAUGCAGCCUAUCGUCAGAAGGAGAUUUUUAGUCUUAGGGAUUGGUCACAAGAAGAUGAGAGAGACAGAGAAGCAGCCAAAUCGGAUCUUAAUUAUAUUGGGCUGGAUGGAAAUAUAGGUUGCUUAGUCAAUGGAGCUGGACUGGCCAUGGCUACAAUGGAUAUUAUUAAACUACAUGGUGGAACACCUGCUAACUUCCUUGAUGUGGGAGGUGGAGCAACAGCACAUCAAGUAACUGAAGCCUUCAGACUCAUUACUUCUGACAAGAAGGUUCUAGCAAUUCUAGUGAAUAUCUUUGGUGGCAUCAUGCGUUGUGAUGUGAUAGCACAGGGCAUCAUAAUGGCAGUGAAGGACUUGGAACUUAAGAUCCCUAUUGUGGUCAGGUUGCAAGGUACUCAAGUUGAUGAUGCUAAAGCAUUAAUAGCAGCCAGUAGCCUCAAGAUCCUUGCUUGUGAUGACUUGGAUGAAGCAGCAAAAAUGGUUGUUAAACUUUCAGAAAUAGUAACACUGGCUAAACAGGCACAAGUGGAUGUGAAAUUUCAGCUGCCAAUCUGAAAUGAAUUGAAGUCCUUGUUUAAGGAGUGUUUAAUACUGUGCAGUGUUCAAGUAGCAUUUAUUUCUGUUAUGUAAAUAGUCCACCUUUAUCUAAACCCAGACAGCACGUUUAAAUUUUUUAUUUUUUUUUGGAAGGUUUAUUCCAGACUGGGAGAGGGGGUGCUUGGAAUUGUUGUACUGUGCAUGUAUUGUUUUUUUCUGUUGCAUUUUCUUGCCUAUAUUAGAGCUUCAGCUAUAGAACAUUGUCUCAUACAUAUUCCUUAUCUGAAUGAAGACUUGUGAACUUCAUGCCUCAUUUCAACAAAUUUAGCUGGAUUACAGAGAGUAGGUCAUUUAGGUGGUGACAACAUUCUUGGUAUUUUUGGUGAUCUUCAACACAUUAUUAAGCAUUAUAUAUUGUCAUUUUAGGCACAGGAAUGCUAAACCAACCAUGUAAACAAAAUUGUAUUUCUAAUCAGAUUAUAUGCUAUUUAUUUAUUUUUUGUCUUCCCCAAAAUCCUGCAUUGGUGCUUAGGUGUUGUCAUUUCAUUAACUACACACUAGCUUUUUAUUUUAGAGUGGAAGUGACAUUUUUGUUUUAUUAGUCUUUGCACAGAUAUUUAUUGAUUUGGAAUUUUACUUGGGCAUUGACAGGUAUGUGGAUGUGCCCUGGACAUUUUUGUAUUUAUUUUUUUUGUUGUUACUUUGUACCCAGUGAAGCACUAACAUUACUUAAAAUGCCCAGUCAUUAAAAUGUUGCCUUUUUGAUGCCAAGGAUAUCUUAACUACUUUUAAAAAUAAGCUUUAAAGCUUACUGUAUGUCACUGUUAAGCUGAUGUUGCAAGGAAAAUAGUUAUUGCAAAAAGCAAGUCAUUUAUUAGCAGAAAUGCACAUUUGAAUGUAAAAUUUUCUUAGAUCAAUAUAGUUGUUUUACUUUUAUUGUAAAAGUGAACAACGUCCUGGCUAUAAUAAUAUCUUGAGAUAAAUCUUGUACAUAAGCAAUUUCAAAAUGAUUGUUAUGAGAGGUAAAAUCUGCAAUUUAUUUUUGUUUUUCAGAAGCUCAUAUUUGCAGUGAACCAAAUAAAGUUUUAAAAUUCCAUUUCCUUUUGUUCACUGGUACUGAUGGUGUGUAUUGCACUUUUUUUUUAAGAAUUCUUUUAAGUCAGAGUAUUUCUGGGAUUCCUUUGGCCCAUACAGAAAUAUUUAUUUUUCUUGUUUUUCUACUACCUACCAGUCAUCAGCUUUCCCAUCCCCACUGCACUCAGUUGGGCACAGCUUGUAGUACCAGCAUCCUUCUGUAUAUGAACCCUUUUUUUCCAUACCAGGCAGUAGCUGCCACAUAUGCUGUUUGGCAGGCCCAUCUCCAUCGCAGCUGAUUGCUGAUGGCAUUCAUGGUUUUACUGUUAUGCACCCAGACUUCUGCUAUGCUUGUCAGUACAGUAGAUGAUGUAGCCUCCUCUCUCCCUUUAUGAAGAGCGUUGGCUGCUCAUUGCCAAUACUCCCUCAUCCCAGUCUGAGCAGCUAAUGGAAUGCUUGAUUCUUCAUGGAGUCAGGAUUCACACAAGAGUAUUGAUGUGAAAGGACAUGCAUUGAGUUCAUCUGUGGUUUCAUAAGUUGAUCAUGUUAUAGUCUGUAAACCUUACUCAAACCUGAAAAUGUGUAGCCGUUUAUUUAAUUACUCAUGAUCUUAGGAAAAUGGUUUUCAUGUGAAGACUGGUUUAGUCUCUACAGCAGUGGUUAGAAGAGAGAACAAGUCUGGCUUUGUUUUACUGUACUAGAACGUAUUGCCAUGUGUACACAGGUUUGAAACAUUUUAUCAAUGUUUUUCCACUCUGAGACAGAACCAACGCAGGACUGUCAGCUUGGAAGUGGUGGUUGUUUUACCUUCUUGCUUUCAAAGUUUAUUGACUGUUUUAAGCAACUCAAGAACUAAUUUCUAACAGUUAUGCUAGUAGUACUUUUACCAUUUAUAAUUAUUUUUAAGUGACAAGAUGUUUUAAAAAGUAAAUGUUACAAAAUGUCUUCCUUAAGCUUUGGAGAUGGAAAGUAAUAUUUCUUGGUCAACAAAGUAUUUGUUUUUGUGUAGCUUUCGUUCUUGUGGAGUAGUCAUAAAGAGACACAUAAUACAUACAUACAUAUAACCCUGUGAAAGUUGCGAGAUUUCAUGUUACCUGAAUUAAUUUAGUAAAUAAAUGAAAAAACUGUA